AUGAGCGAUUCUCAACCACAAAUGACGGAAGAGGAGCGCAAGCAAGCAAUUGCUUAUAAAAAUCUUAUUAUAGAGCGCAAUACUGGCGAUGCUCAGAAGCGUGCUCGCAAGAAAGAACCUUCGUUAGCUGUAAUUAAAAAGCGAACAAUGGAAUUAACAACACAAACACAGACCCUUGAGAGAACUAAAGUUGAAUUAAAGAAGCCUACAGAUGCAGAUUUGUUUUCCAAAGAAGAAUGUAUUUGUAUCGAAUUAUUAACGUCUGGCUAUGUCGACUCUUUCUCUGAUUUCUUCAAGAUUACACAUCCUAAAGCUCCAGGAUCAUAUCACUACGAUUACUGGCAAUCAAUUGACUCAGGCGAAGUCACAUCUCCUCCACCACCCGUAGUUCCAACGAAUAAGUACGAUUUCAUUCAAGAAAGACUUAUUCAAGCUGAGAAUGCAAGGCGUAUUGCUAAGGAUGCCGAACUUGCAACAGCAUAUACAGAUUUAUCUCAAUAUUUCCAAUCAAUCAACGACAUGAAGAUUGCUAUUAUCUAUCUCGAAAAACUUCGUGACUACGCUCUUUUCACAUCAGAUCUCAUUAGAGAAGCCCAAGCUCUCAAAGAAAUUGGCCGACUUUUCAAAGAAGCAGGAAAUCUCGAGUCAUCAUUGCAUUUCUGCGAAGAAUGCCUUUCCGUUUGUGUUUCAAUUAACGAUGGUGUUGCUGAAGCUCAAGCAGCUCUCAUUGAUGCUUAUAGAAAAUAUUCUCAAUCAUUAAUCGCGCGUGGAGAAGGCAAACAAGCUAUCGAAUUCCUCAACAAGUCAUUACGUGUUGCUUCCGAGUCCGGUGUACUUCUUUCUCUUGCUAUUUGCCACCAAGAACUCGGUUUAUGUUAUAAACAACUUGAAAUGCUCGACAGUGCUAUUGAACACUUCGAAAAAGCUUUCUCUAUCUACAAAGGCCUCGGAAAUAUCGAAGGCCAGAGCUCUGCUGUUUCAGCUCUCGCUACAUCAUACAAAUACAUGGAGAAAAUCGAUGAAGCUAUCAAAUACUUCAAGAUUCUCCAUGAGUUGGCCAACCAGACUGGUAACGCCCACGAUAAGGCUAUGUCUUGCUUCACUAUGGGUAAGAUUCUUUGGGAAUCUGGCCAAAAGGAGGAAGCUCUUGUUUGGUUCCAGAAGAACUUUGAUAUUUCACUCGAGUUGAAUGAUCUCGCUGUUAUUGAGGACUCCAGAAUCUCUCUCGGUGUCUCAUUAGCAAAUUAUCGAAUGCAAAGAUUCGAAGAGCUUGUAAGAAAUAACCAAGAAUUGCCGGCCUUGCUCAACUGGAUGAUAACAAGGGAUGAUGAACCAUUCCAAUCAAUCAAAUCGAAGAAGCCUGAAUAA